AUGUCCAUUGCGUUAGACGCGGCGGUCGAGUUAUUGGUCAAAUCGACAAAGCCAAGUAACAAGCGCUCAUCCUCAGAAAGCGCCACUGACACUGUUAUUUUGAAUACACCAGAUAUGUCCCGUUCGGACUCGCGGGAGUUCAAGUUUGUUUUAUCUAUGGUUUGUCCAUUCGUAUCGAGUUCCAGUAAAAGCUGGGAAACGUCGGUGAGAAAGCAGUCAUCCUUGACCAAUAACUCGACCGCCGC